AUGCAGCUCUGCAAGCUCGCCGUACUCUUCCUCUCGUCCGCGGUCCUGGCGGCACCCGCACCCGCACCGGCCCCAGCUGCAGCCCCAGUUGCAGCUCCAGCUCCAGCUCCAGCUCCAGCUCCAGAGUCCGCCGCUGUUUCUCCCGAGAUGUUCAAGCGAGUUCCUCUGUGCUUCAAGAACGGGUCUCACUGCGAGCACAACGACGAAUGCUGCACCAACAAGUGCCUGGUCCCGAAUGACCCUCGCAAGGCCUACUGCGGCGACGGCGGGGUAUCAACGCGACUUCUCGGCACUUUCGGCUUCUUCAACAUGACUUAUGACUUCGGCUUUGACUUCAACCAAAUCAACCAACUUCUUCCAUCAAUAAUAUCGAUCAAUAUCAAUAUCAAUAAUAUUUAUAUCAAUAAAUAA